UCUGACCCUUGGUGCAUCUACCCCAGUGCUGUCGACACUGGCCGGCAGCAGCUCCCCGGGGUAUCAGGUGUGUUUCUUACCUGGACAUGCCGAGGGGACAUUGUGCAUGAAAAGCAGGUGCUCUGAGAGGCAGCAGCCCUCUGCUGAGAUAGGAACAUUCGCCCAAAGAAUUUGGGAAACACUGUUUUGUCAGGGAGCUGCUAAGAGCUGUCAGGUGACAUUUUCUAUUUCAAUAAUAAUAAUAAUAAUAAUAAUAAUAAUGUAUUAUUUAUACCCCACCCAUCUGUCUGGGCUUCCCCAGCCACUCUGGGCGGCUUCCACAAAAAUAUUAAAAUACUGUAAUCCAUCAAACAUUAAAAGCUUCCCUAAACAGGGCUGCCUUCAGAUGUCUUCUAAAAGUCUGAUAGUUCUUGUUCUCUUUGACAUCUGGUGGGAGGGCAUUCCACAGGGAGGGUGCCACUACUGAGAAGGCCCUCUGCCUGGUUCCCUGUAACUUGGCUUCUCGCAGGGAGGGAACCACCAGAAGGCCCUCGGCGCUGGACUUCAAUGUCCGGGCAGAACGAUGGGGGUGGAGACGCUCCUUCAGGUCUACUGGGCCGAGGCCGUUUAGGGCUUUAAAGGUUAGCACCAACACUUUGAAUUGUGCCCGGAAACGUACUGGGAGCCAAUGUAGGUCUUUCAAGACCAGUGUUAUAUGGUCUCGGCGGCCACUCCCAGUCCCCAGUCUAGCUGCCGCAUUCUGGAUUAGUUGUAGUUUCCGGGUCACCUUCAAAGGUAGCCCAACCUAGAGCGCAUUGCAGUAGUCCAAGCGGGAGAUAACCAGAGCAUGCACCACUCUGGCGAGGCAGUCUGCAGGCAGAUAGCGUCUCAGCCUGCAAACCAGAUGGAGCUGGUAAACAGCUGCCCUGGAUACAGAAUUGACCUGCGCCUCCAUGGACAGCUGUGAGUCCAAAACGACUCCCAGGCUGCGCACCUGGUCCUUCAGGAGCACAGUUACCCCAUUCAGGACCAGGGAAUCCUCCACACCUGCCCGCCUCCUGUCCCCCAAAAACAGUACUUCUGUCUUGUCAGAACCUCAAUCUCUUAGCCGCCAUCCAUCCUCCAACCACCUCCAGACACUCACACAGGGCCUUCACCGCCUUCACUGGUUCUGAUUUAAAAGAGAGCCUGCAAAGCUACAAUUCCCAAGAUUUGCCUGGCAAGAGGGAUUGGUUUUUAAGCCACACUGGUCUCCUAACAAGUCUCGGCACCCGCUGGCAGACGAAAUUGAUGGAACGUGUAGAAAUGUCUAGUUUAGCUGGAAGAAUAAGUGAUCAGGAAGAAAGAACUUUGAAAAAAUAAUGGGGAAUUGCAGAAUGUUUGAAAAACUACUGUAAACCACUUUAAACGUUGGCAGGUCUAGAAUAAAUUGAGCAGUUGCAUUUAUAAUGGAAGGGAAAACCAGGAAAGGAAAAAUAAGGAUUAAUUAGAAUAUGCGGCAGUAAAGGGAAAAUAAAAUGAACCAUAGAAGGGAGUGAAGGGAAGUUGAAUAUGCUUGUAUGGUUUAAAUUCUGUAAUUUAUGUAAAUGUAAAAUUGAAAAUGACAAAUACACCUCUCACCACCCUUAGCAAACUAACUUCCCAGGAUUACUUGUGGGAAGCCAUGACUGUUUAAAGUGGUAUGAUAACUGCUUUAAAUAACCGUUCCUGUGGAAAUCGUAAGAGACCUGCCAUUCUGAUAUUUGUUGAGAAUUCAUUUGAUUCCAUGUUGGUCAUUUAUCCUGUAUUUUAUGAUUUGACAGUGUUAAGGUUUUUAAACUUUUUAAAAUUAUUAUUAUUAUUUAUUAAACGUCUAUACUGCCCUUCAUCCGUAGAUCUCUGGACAGUUCACAACACAAAAAUACAAGAUAAAACCACAAAAUAUGUAAUAAAGAGAGCAGCAGCAACCAAAUUAAUAAAACCCACCUUCCCCCCACCCCACCCCAUCCCAGAAACACAUUUAUAUCCAUGUAGCCCAUCAAUUGCGUCUGCCACUCUUCCAGUGUGGUAAAUCUUGAGUCUUCCAGUAUUUUGCGAUAAGAAUUCUUGCUGCUGUAGUUGCAUACAUAAAAAGGUUCUAUCCUUCUUUAACACCUUCUGACCGACAAUGCCCAGUAGGAAGGCCUCUGGUUUCUUGGGAAAAGUGUACUUAAACACUUUUUUAACUCGAUUAUAGAUCAUUUCCCAGAAGGCCUUCACUUUUGGGCAAGUCCACCAGAGGUGAAAGAAUGUCCCUUCAGCCUCCUUACAUUUCCAACAUUUAUUAUCAGACAAAUGAUAUAUCUUAGCAAGCUUGACUGGGGUCAUGUACCACCUGUAUAUCAUUUUCAUAAUAUUCUCUUUCAAGGCAUUACAUGCCGUGAAUUUCAUACCAGUGGUCCAUAACCUUUCCCAGUCUUCAAACAUAAUGUUGUACCCAAUGUCCUGAGCCCAUUUUAUCAUGGCUGAUUUGACUGUCUCAUCCUGAGUGUUCCAUUUAAGCAGCAAGGUAUACAUUCUCGAAAGUACCUUGGUCUUUGGUUCCAACAAUUCUGUCUCUAGUUUCGAUUUUUCCACCUGGAAACCUGUUCUUUUGUCUAGCUUAAAAACCUCUUGAAUUUGAGCAUAGUGAAGCCAAUUUUGCACCUUAUUCUUUAGUUUUUCAUAACUCUGCAGCCUCCAAGUUUCUCCCACUUUUUCUAUAAUUUCCCCAUAUUUCAGCCAACCAACCUCCAUAUUAGGUUUUUUCCGGGCCUUGGCCUCUGCUGGUGAAAGCCACCUCGAGUCUUACCCUCUAAUAAGUCCUUGUAUUUUGUCCAGACCAUAAAUAUUGAUUUUCUAACAAUAUGAUUUUUGAACAUUUUAUGAACCUUUACCUUGUCGUACUCACAAAUAUGCAUGCCAACCAAAAGCAUUAUCAAACCCUUCCAGAUCUAGAACAUCAGUGUUCUCAAGAAGUAACCAAUCUUUCAUCCAGCAGAAGGCCGCAGCUUCAUAAUAUAAUCUCCAAGUCCGGCAGGGCAAACCCCCCUCUUUCUUUCAAAUCAGUUAGUAUUUUAAACUUUAUCCGGGGCUUUUUGCCCUGCCAGACAAACUUGGAUAUAUCCUUCUGCCACUUUCCAAAACAUUCCACUCUGUCCACAAUCUGUAGGGUUUGAAACAAAAAUAACAUUUUCGGCAAUACAUUCAUUUUUAUAGCAGCAAUUCGACCCAACAAGGAAAGUUUCAAUCUUGACCAGAUUUCCAAACCAGAAACACAUUUAAAAGGGUGUAGGAUGUUUCUGAAAAUGCAAAUAACAAAUUAAGAAAUAAUAAGAAUAAAAGGGUAUAGGAUGCUUUGUGAUGUUUGCAUGAUUUUACUGGAUGCUGCCACAAUAAAAAAUAAAUAAAAAAGAGCUGGGGGUUUUAUAUCUAUUCUUCUAAAUAAAUAAAUGAAAUAUUUUGCUCUGUGUUCUUUUCUCCUGCAGGCAGAUUUGGUGUUUAUUCUGGAGUUUUCACCGCAUCUUUGGCAAGAAAACAAUAGACGCCACCCCAGGAGACCUGGGCACCUAUAACUGCUCCAGCAGCUAUAACUGCCCUUCUACGGAAUCAGGUCACUGGUCCAGCGGGCUUAAGACUUUUUUUAUCUUCCGAGGUUCAGGAGGAAGAUUCCCCAUCCUUAUCCUUGGGUGGUGGACGAUGGAAAUGGCAGAGGGGUUUGUCAUGGCAUCGCCGGAUUCCCAAGAAGAAGUCCCUUCCGGGCAGGAAGGACGGCCCAAGAUCAAAACAGAGGAGAGCGGCUUUUCAGAAUUUGAACCCGAGAUGGGGGCGAAAGGGUCCGAAAGAGCCCCUCGCGUCUUCCAGGCGGGGAGCAUUCAGGAAUUGCUUUGCAAGGCAUCGGGGAGACAGCUGAUGCAGGUUCCAGGCGAAGGGCUACUUCAGGAAUGGGAGAGCCAGUGGCAAGAGUUCCUGGGGACCUUGGAGUCCCCCAACUUGAGGUGGGAGGCUGCCCAGAUGCCAGAGGAGCCCACCCCCUGGGACGACGCCAAGGCCUUCCUGGCCUCCUUCGAGCAAGUGGCCCAAGCCUGCCGGUGGCCCCGGGAAGAGUGGGCAGCCAGGCUGCUGCCAGCCCUCAGCGGGGAAGCCGAGCAGGCCUUUUGGAGCCUGGAGGCCGGAGACAGAGAGGAUUAUGGGAAAGUGAAGGCGGCCAUCUUGCACGGGGACGCCCUCAGCAGGGAGAAGAACCGCCAGUACUUCCGGCGCUUCUGCUACCGGGAAGCUGAGGGCCCCAGAGGGGCCUACAGCCGCCUCCAGGAGCUCUGCCGGCGGUGGCUGAAGGUGGAGAGGCACUCCAAGGAGCAGAUCCUGGAGCUUCUGAUCCUGGAGCAGUUCCUGACCAUCCUGCCAGCAGAGGUCCAGAGCCGGGUAAGGGAUUGCGGCCCGGAGACCUGCUCCCAGGCGGUGGCCCUGGCCGAGGAUUUCCUGCUGAGGCAGCUGCAGGUGGAGGAACAGGAGCAGCAGGUGAGACGGGGUAGUGAACCCCCAUUAUAAUUCUGUUAAAUCUCAGGAAUGGGGUGGGGAACGUACAGAAGAACCUGCACCAUCUCGUCUAGCGUCUUAAUAUCACAGUGGAUCCUUAGCAGGACCUGAGGUCAACUGCCCUCCCUGCACUUGCAUUCCCCAACAAUGGACGUUGUUGGUCUUGGCCACGAAAGGUCUUCAUCAAUAUCAAUGUGACAGCCAUUUUGUGUGACGCAACACACAGCCAACGUAGCUGUUUUGUGUCAUGCCGCCCUCCACUGCGGAGCCAUUUUGUGACGGGCAGCCAUUUUCUUGACAUUCCAAUUGUGUCCUCUGGCCUAGAAAGGUUGGUGAUUGCCUCUUGCCAUAUGAACCUACCCAGACCCUGAAGUCAUCUUCUGAGGCCCUCCUUCGUGUGCCACCUCCUCGAGAGGUCCAGAUGGUGGCAAUGCGAGAACAGGGCCUUCUCUGCAGUGGCUCCCCACAUGUGGAAUGUUCUCCCCAGGAAAGUUCACCUGUUGACUUCACUAUACACCUUUAGGUGGCAGGCAAAAACAUCCGUUUUUAACCAGGCCUUUGGUUGACCUGACUGACAUCCUAUACACUUUUAAAAUGUGGCACUUUCUGGGGGGUUGUUAUUGGGCUGUGGUUUAGAUUUAGAUUUUAUAUAUUGUGAUCUUUUUGUGAAUCGCCCUGAGACCUCCAGGUAUAGGGCAGUAUAUAAAUUCAAUAAAUAAUAAUAUUAUAUUGACAACUUUCAGCGCGAUUGGCGGGUGCCAAAUCCGAUUUAAGCUCACAGCGGCCACACUCUUGAUUUUUCUUGCUGUGUUUUGUGCCUGAUUCAGGUGCCUACAGAGGCGAAUGUGAAUCCCCCCAAGGAAGAGGAGGUUCUGGAGCCCGAAGAGGUGCUGGGGCCCAGCUGGGAGAUCAGUGAUGCUAACCAUGCUGGUUUUCUGUUGUGUAAGGCUGUCUUCUUCUUCUUUAGACCAGGGAUGGAGAAAUCUGUGUUAUUAGAUGACUCCAAUUCCCACAAUGCCCAUUUCUGCCUUCCUCCCCCAGCAUGCUGGAAAUUCUUGCACGACUCCAAUUCCCAUAAUGCUCCUUUCCAUUCUUCUGGGACUUCUCCCAGAAUUCUGUUCUGGGGCUUCUCCUUAUCCUCCAGAUCAGAUCUGGAGAAGCUUCAGGGGGCACAUGGGAGGAAGAAGAGGAGGGUUAGGGUUAGGGUAAGAGAAGGGAGGCGGGUGGCGCUGUGGGUUAAACCACAGAGCCUAGGACUUGCCGAUCAGAAGGUCGGCAGUUCGAAUCCCUGCGACGGGGUGAGCUCCCGUUGCUUGGUCCCUGCUCCUGCCAACCUAGCAGUUUGAAAGCACAUCAAAAUGCAAGUUGAUAAAUAGGUAUCACUCUGGCGGGAAGGUAAACGGCGUUUCCGUGUGUUGCUCUGGUUCGCCAGAAGUGGCAUAGUCAUGCUGGCCACAUGACCCGGAAGCUGUACGCCGGCUCCCUCGGCCAAUAAAGCGAGAUGAGCGCCGCAACCCCAGAGUCGGUCACGACUGGACCUAAUGGUCAGGGAUCCCUUUACCUUUAAGGGUAAGGGUGGGAGCUAGACUAAGAUGCCUUUGAGGACUUCUUCCAACUCUACAAUUCCAGAGAAUUAUUAACCUGGUGAUUAAUCAAUGCAAUAAAUAAAAAUUAAAAUAAAGUAAAACAAAUAAAAAUAAUACAAUAACUAUUUUCUGCAUUGGCUGGGAGAGGAACUUGAUGCCCUUUGGGAUCUCAGCCACUUCUGCAAUUCUAAUUAAAUAAUGUGUCGACGUUUUAAAAGUUGUGCCGUGUUCUUUCUCCCUCUUUCCAGGCGAACCCACGCUAGGCGAUCCCGUUUCUGGGGACGCAAAGACCUGCCACCUCUUAGAAAGUUCCUUGCAGAGAGAACCCCGGGGGCCGCAGCUGCAAAGCACGGGGCGAGACGUUCCCUCAUCCAACAAUCAGGAAGAAGUACCCAGAAGUCCUAAUGGGCUGGCGAGAGGGACAGAAGCAAGUCCAAAGAAAACAGCUGCCUGGGAGCUGCCAGGGACCCCGGAGACCGAGGCCACCGCCUCCCCAAAUGGGAAUAGCGUCAAACCGAAGCCGCCGCUGGGCCUUCGCCCUGGGCCAGGACCCUACAAAUGCUCCGAGUGCGGGAAGAGUUUCUGCCGGCGCUCCUACCUGUCCCAGCACCACCUCAUCCACACCGGCGAGAAGCCCUACGAAUGCUCCUACUGCCAGAAGGCCUUCCGGGCACGCUCUCACCUCACGAAGCACAGGCGCCUGCACACGGGCGAGAAGCCCUACAAGUGCGGGGACUGCGGCAAGGGCUUCCACCAGUCGUCCAACCUCCAGAAGCACCUGAAAAUGCACGUGGGCUCCCCGAUCUACCGGUGCCCCGAUUGCGGGAAGAGCUUCGGCCAGCGCGCCAAGUUUUGCCAGCACCGCAAGGCGCACGCCGGCGGGAAGAGCUACCGGUGCUCACGGUGCGGGGAGAGCUUCGGCGAGCUCCCGCUCCUCCGCGCGCACCGGCGGAGCCACGCAGCGGAGCGGGCCUACCAGUGCCCCACCUGCGGGAAGGCCUUCGAUCACCGGUCCAGCUUCCUGAAGCACAGGGUGACCCACACGGGGGAGAAGGCCCACAAGUGCCCCACCUGCGGGAAGGGCUUCAGCCAGUCCUCCAACCUUCACAAGCACCAGAAGAUCCACACGGGGGAGAAGCCUCACAAAUGUCUCACCUGCGGGAAGUCGUUCACCCAGAGCUCGCACCUCAACUUCCACCAGAACACCCACAAAGGGUUCAAGUCGUACAAAUGCUUAGACUGCGGGGACAGCUUCACCGACAGGUCGCACCUUAUGAAACACAAGCUGAGCCACGCCAGCACAAAAGCGGCAACGUCGGCCUGAAAUCCCCCUUAAUUUUAUAAGGCGGGUAAAUUACGUUUAUUUUUUACAUUUAUAUGGCGCUUAGGCCUUUGCACAUUGACUGUUUCCCUCUGUUCCACAAAUUCGUUAGGAAGACUUGGGCAAUCCUCUCUCUCGUUUCUGCUCCCGCACUCAGCCCCACUCAUCCGCAAUAUGUGGGGCAGAUGAUAUUGAUCUACCUUAACAACAACUAUAACUUUAUUAUUUAUACCCCGCCCAUCUGAUUAUUUAUACCCACUCUGAGUGGCUUCCAACACAUAUUUUAAUGUAUUUUUAAUCUUUGUUGGAAGCUGCCCAGAGUGUCUGGGGAGACCCAGCCAGAUGGGCGGGGUACAAAUAAUAAAUUAUUAUUAUUAUUAUUAUUAGAAAUACAAUAAAAUGUCAAAUGUUAGUAAUAACAAUCUGAUCUGAUACAAGAAGAAUGAGAAUAACUUUUCACAUAACUUACAUCAAAUAAAGCAGUCUUCUAAACAGUUAAAUAGCAGCAAAUAACUAAACUUUGCAGGAAGGUUAUAAGCCUGGAAGCAGCACUGGGUGCUUGCAAAGUGCCUUUGGUGAGGGAUUUUGGCGGAAAGACCAAAGUGGCUUGGAGGUUUAGAGGACCAAAAAAAAGGAUGUGAAAGGGAAAGAGGUGGAAACGAAUUGAACUUCCUAGCAUCAUUUUAAUAAUAAGUUAUGACCAGAUGAAUCAGCAUUGAUUUCCCCCCACCCCGAUGAAAUUGCUGUUUGGAUGACUUAACUGUGAUUUAACUGUGAAAUCUGAUUCUUAAAAGAUGAAUUAGCAGUGAAGUUGCUGCUUUGCCGAGAAAAGCAAAAAGACUUUGCAGCACCUUUUGAGAUUUACAUAAAUCUUUUUAAUAGCGGAUGCUUUUAUGCACCAUUUCAUCAGGUGCCUACAGCAUUAUCUUAAGAUACCUCCCCUUCCCAUGGUUUAAUCUUCCCCUCCCCACAAGAGCUGCAGCGUCCGUUAAAUUAAUUAAAUAAGCAGAUUAAAUCAGUUUUAAUAUAUGUUUGAUCGAGCGCCCCUCCACCCCAAGAUACUGUUGAACUAAAGCUCCCCCCACCUCAACUCCAGUCAGCCCCAGCCAACACAGCCAGUGGUCUGGGAUGAUGGGACUUGGGAGUCCAGCAAUAUCUGGAGGGCACCAGAUUGGGGGAGGCUGGUUUAAGGCCUUGUGGCGGGGAGUUCCGCAGAUGGGGUGGCCAAUUCCUUGUUGGACUCCGACUCCAUCAGCCCUAACGAAGAUCGCCAAUGGCAAGGGAUGAUGGAGGUGGUAGUCCACAGGCCCACCCCUGUUCUCGACUAAUGAAAUAUCCUUAAUGCUGUUUUUAAAAAUAAAAAAGUUAUUUGUUUUAUUCUCUCUUGCCUAUCUUUUCAACUUACCUUUGAGACAAAAUUACAGGUCUAAAAGGUGGUUUUGCACUGUCCAUUUAAAGUACCACACUGCUUCUCCAAAGAGCUGUGGAAACUGUAGUUUGUUAAAGGUGCAGUUCCCAGGAUUAAAGUGUUGUGACACUGCUGUAAAUGUACCGUGAGGUUGGGGCCAUAGUCAAUCAUUUCAGCCGAG